CAGAAUGUCAGACCCAGAGCUGCCAGACCCUGAGGAAGGAGACCGCGGCAUCUAUGAAAGUGCCAACCUCCUCGUCCCGGAUGCGCCGAGUCCGUUAGGAGAUCUUCCUCACUCAGAUGCGAUUGAAUCUCUUUUCGACGCCUCGCUGCGGCUGCCGGGGAUGCUUAUCCGCCUGCUCCAGCUAUGCCCUCAGCCCCUUCGCACUGCGCUUGAGUCCCACAUUCGCAAGCUGGCUGACGGGAAGCGUCUAGAGGCCUACCUGGGCGGCAUGAUCGCUCUCCUGCAGUGAGCAUUGAACAUGGAAUCAUCACCGACACACCAGCACUGUCAUGAGCGUUGUCCAUCUGUGCGUUUCCCGUUGUCUCAAGCGGUGGGGUCCGCCCACUCCUGCCAGUGGAGUGGCCGUUUGAGUUCAACACGACGCGUUGCAUGUUCGAAGACACGCGGGUCAAGAACGAACCGGUCCACCCAACACUCGAUGAGCAGGGGAUUCUACCCGCCGGCAUGUGGCCCACCCAUAGGCUGGUACAGAGGCUGAGGCGACCCGCAUACACAUUGUCCAUCAACCAUGUCGCUUGCAGGACGCGAUGACUCCGCGUGUGAUCGAGUACGCCAACACGCUUGAGGCCACGGCAGGUGUCGCCGUGCAGUCGCAGUGGCAGCAGAUCCUGGCUUAUUACAAGGUCGAGGGCAUUACCGAUUGGGAAGCCCUCCUGCGAGACGCCUGCGCGUCUGAGGAUGAGCUCCUGAGGCCGCGUAAGCCUGAAGGUCAGCAUUGAGAGGGAAGGAAUGCACAAUCACGAAUACACACAAACACACACGGCUGUGCAUCACAUGUGUGUGUGUGUGUCUCAGAGCGUAUCUCCGCGCUCAACCGUCUGUGGACGCUGGGCGGCAUUGCGGCGCUUAUUGUGGCCAUUGGUGACUUCCCUGUCGGCCUCGACCCCAAGAAGCUAUCACCGUGGGUUCGACACCUGCUCUCGGGUCUCACAUCAUUGCCUGUGUCCAAGGACGACGUAGAAAUGACGAGCGAGGUUAGUCACAGUCCGGGCGACACUGCCGCCCACAUACCGCCGCGACGCCGUGUUGAUUUGUGUAUCUGAUUGUAGGAUGUCAAGGCUGCGAUGAUCGAGGGAACUUCCGCAAGCCUCACACCGAGGAUCAAAAAGGCAGUCGCAAGUGGGGUCGUCCGUCGACAUGGCGCAUGGAAUGCAAACAAAGUCCAGAAGGCUUUGGGUGUGUGUGUGUUGCUCACUUUAGGUGUGUGUGUGUUGAACCAGCUGGCGGAAGUAGGCACGCCAGCCCAUCGUGAGGUGAGGUACAGACUGGAGAACACUGUGGCCCAUUGGAAUCUCGUUAGCGGCAUGGCCGUCAUCAAGCGCGGUCAGUAGUAUAAUUAAAUCCCACCGUGUGUGGGUAACACUAGAUCUUGUGUUGAUCUUGUCCUCACACAGGUAUGCAACUGCACGCCGGGGCUACGCUUUAUCAGCUAGGCAUCAUCACUGAGGCGGCUGCCACCAUCUGGACGACUCAUCUGUCCUUCCGGCCAGAGGACAGGCUCAAGAUGGACACGCCGGACGACCUGUGGGGAAUGCCUGUCACGGACGCGUUAGCGACAGGUCGGUCACUGCGACUGGCAGCAAGAGUCUGCACACACAGAGAAGGGAAGGACACAGACAGAAGUCCAUCCAUCCAUUGCCUCUGACUGUGUGCACGAUAUUGCUUCCCGAUGGGCCGCCUGCAGGUCGUGUGUCACUCCUCGCAGACGAGAAUUCAAGAUGGCCGCGCCGUGGCGCACUCGCCAUUGCCACCGUUGAGCAGGAGGGCGUUGCAAGGAGGGUUCACAAGUGGGACAUCUUCGACGUAGUGUUUGCCAGUAAGCACCACACCGAGACAGAGGGCCAGCGGGGCAUCAGCACAUGCGCUCGGUCCGUUCCCUCUUCUGUCAGCUAAGGGCUUUCCCCCCGAUGCCCUCAGGAAUCUGCUCAUACGUAUGGCCCACACGCUCACACCGCGACUGGUGGUAAGACGGCAAGAACAGAGGCGACACGCGCAAUGACACACGGGCAGAUGUCGGGUCGUCUCUGCAGGUUUUCCACCUCGGCGAUGGCGACGUCCAUGGUCUCGAUAUCGGCCUGGGUCUCGCUGCGCGACUGAAGCCCCACAAGAUCGAGGUCAACUGGCUCGCCGUGUCAGCUGAGCAGGUCAAACAGUGGAAAAAGAAGGUAUGCCCAGGAAACAGUAUCGCGCUUGCACAGCUGUGCUGGGUUCACGUCUGUGCUGUAUGUGCACCCUGCCUCAGUUUGACUUGCAGGCGAAGAAAUGCAGCGAGGCUGACAUGGAGAAGACCGAGGCUCUGCUGCGUGGCCCCGUCAUUGCGCACGAGGGGCGAGACGCCUAUCAGACGUGGCUGCGGAAGAAGGAAACAAAGGUGACUGCACAAGACGUGCCGCAUGCCUGAAGCAGCACCAAUCUUCUAUGCUGACUGUGCACACUCAGAUGUGGCGUGACCUCCAGCACCAGAUAAAGACCAUCCGGGAGACGGGGCAACAGAUGAAGCUCGAUGUAAGAAUGUCAGAGACUAACGGACGUCAACCGACAUACAGACAGUGUGGUGAUGUCAUCAGAUGGUGAUCGAUCGAGUGGAUACAGCGGUGCUAAAAAAGGUGUUUGGAGACCUGGUGGAGAAGAGGCUAGGUGCAGACGUGGACAUGACUUCAUGACACAGGAGGGGAGAUGUGUUGAACCCUCCCGCACUCGACUGCCCUUCUGGUCUUGAGAAUGCCGUCAAGUCCCUCAUGCGAGAUGUCCACAUAGCGAAAGCCGGAUGGGUAUUUCUUGGUGCCGAGAGAGGCUCGCUGACAGAUACAUGCACACAGACACACAUACACAGACACACACACGGAGAUAGAGACCGAGCGAAGAUAGAGACCGAGCGAAGACAAUACGAAAGUGAGAAUACCUGCCCGCCCUGGCCGUUCAGCCAUACAAUGCGCCCAUGUGAAGAGACCAGCAGCUUCGACUGGAGGUUGGG